AUGGCGGAGAAGAAGGUUGUGCUGAAGCUGGACGUGCACGACGACAGGCAGAAGCAGAAGGCGAUGCAGGUCGUCUCGGGUCUCCACGGUAUCGACCAGAUCGCCGUGGACACGAAGGACCAGAAGAUGACGGUCAUCGGCACCGUCGACCCCGUCGUCCUCGUCGAAAGGCUGCGCAGCAAGUUCCCCAUGGCACAGAUGAUCUCCGUCGGCGCGGCCAAGGAGGAGAAGAAGGACGGCGCCAAGAAGGAAGGCGACAAGAAGGAGCAGGUGGUGUACCUGCCUCCGUACUGGUACCCGCCGCCGCUGUACCACCCGCACCCAUACCACCACGCAUGCAACGCCGACGAGGACCCCAACUCGUGUCUGAUCUCCUAA